UUUUGCUCCACUCGGUUUGUGUGGCGCUGGUGUGCUGCUUCUUUGUUUUCAACUCGAUUCCGGAAUGUGGGAAUUGGCCAGCUCUUGUUUCAAUUUUCGAAUUUGAAUUUAUUCCAGCUGAAUAUUCAGUACUUUCAUGUUUCAUUGGCAUAUUUGCGAUAAAUAUUGGCCUAAUUCAAUCAAACAACUUGUAUGUCUUCACGGAUUGUGUUUGAAUCUCAAACUUCUGGGUAAUAUUUGUAUGGAGUUGCUCAUACUGAUACAUUCAACCAAGCACUUAUGUCAUUGUUCCCAACAAUUGGAUACAACACCAGUAGCCAUCCAGUGUAAGAGGAGGUCGAACAUUUUCAAUUGAGGUAUCGUUCCAAUUUUCAAUAUGCCUCCUAAAGGCAAACGAAACAGCCUUCUCACUGUGAGAAGUGGCAUCAUUAAAAAUCUAUCUUGGCUUUAUACUGAAUAUUUCAAUUUUAAAAUCAAUGAUGAAAAUGAUUUUCAAAAACUACUAGCAGUCAAAACUAAAUUGCUCAACUUUGAGCAGCGUUAUGAAGAGAUAAGCCUGGAAUUUGAUUCAGAUGACAUUGAUGACAAUGAACAUCAAAUUGUCACAGAAAAAUUUUUAAUGUUAAUUGCUAAUGUAAAUACAAUUUUGAAAAAUUAUGAUUCACAGCAGCAAGUUGCUACAUUUCAAGCACCGGCAAUGGAACAUCAGUCACCAAACUCCUCUCCAGUUCCCAAAUCACCGGGGUCUGUAGAUCAUAAUAGUGUAAUCAACACAAAUCAAUCGCCAUCUGCUUCAGUGACUGCUAAUAAUGUCAAUUCUCUGCCUUUGCAACCCACUAUGCCUAUUUAUCAAGGUCUACAAUUACCAAUGGUACCGUUACCAGAAUUUUCAGGUUCCUUUGAUUCAUGGCUUGAAUCCCGUGAUACCUUUUCCAAUAUGGUUAUUGAAAACCAAACUUUGGCUCCAGCUACAAAGCUGUAUUAUUUGCGCAAAGCUCUCAGUGGUGAAGCCCUUGCACGCAUUCAGAAUAUUCCUCCAGGGAAUGGAAACCUUGAGCUUGCAUGGAAUCUGCUUACACAGAGGUACAAUAACCCCAGAUUAAUUGCAAGUACCCACAUUCAAGGUAUUGAAUCACCCCCAGCACUCAAGAAAAAUUGUUCCAAAUCUCUUAGAGCUUUCAUUGAUCACUGUAAAUGUCACAUUAAUGCUUUAGAAGCGCUCAAAUUGGAUGUUCAAAUUAAAGAUUUACUUUACAUGCAAAAAAUCACUUCUCAACUUGACUCUAAUAUCUUGCGCGAAUGGGAAAAACGCAUUGAAAUAAAUGAAAUCCCUACUAUGGAUAAACUGUGGGAAUUUCUUGAAAAUCAAUGUAAGGUAAUGGAUGCUAUUUCAUCUCAUAGCCCCUCAAAUCCACCAACUAAUCAAAAGGUUUUUACUCAAGCUACUUCAAAUGCACCCAAUGUUAGGCAAAAUACUCGUCCUUUUGCUCAAAAUAAUACUCUGAAUAAUUUUCAGCCAUCAGUAUCCUGUCAAUUUUGCAAUGAUCGAUCUCAUGGGAUUUUCAAAUGUGUCAAUUUUUCAAAGAUUCCCAUCAAUCAACGUUAUGAUGCAAUCAAAAGGAAAGGGUUGUGUUUCAAUUGCCUUAAUCCUUACACUGACAAUCACAACUGCUCUUCAAAGAGAUGCCAAAAAUGUGAUAAGCGACAUCACACUGUUCUACAUGAUUCCUUUACUAGCAAUUCAGGAGGUAAGAAUGUUGUUUCUAAUGUGAUUCAGUCUCAGAAUGAGUGCACCGUUUCUAGUGCCCAUUCAUCUUCAGCAUCAAAUUCAGUUAGCUCACAAUCUGAUAAUUCAGAAACAACAGUUGUUUCACAUGCUGCUUCAUCCAUCAUUUCUAAUAAUAAGUCAUCAGUUCAAGUAUUACCUACCGCAGAGGUUCUGGUUGUUAGUUCAAAUGGUGAAUUAAUUGCAUGUAAUGCUUUAAUGGACACAGGAAGUGAUUGUUCACUCAUCACUCAAGAGUUGGCUGAUAGAUUAGCUCUUCCUUCUCGUCAUGUAACUAAUCUGAUUAAUGGAGUGUCCAGUAUGCAAGCCAAAUCUACAGUUGUUCACUCAGUAUUAAUAAAAUCAUCUGAUCAUACUUGGUCAACGCAACAAGAAUGUAUUGUUGUUGAGAAAUUUGCCUCAUGUAUUCCUCGUGUCACAAUUGAUCUUAACUAUUACAAGAUUCCAAGCAAUAUUCGACUUGCAGAUCCAAAUUUUCAUAAAUCUAAGAAAAUUGAUAUCCUAUUGGGUAUUGACGUUUAUGCCGCAAUCAUGACUGGCAAUCAAAUUAUUGUGUCACCUGAUGUUCCAAUCCUACAAAAUACAAAACUUGGCUGGAUUGUUUUUGGCUCUUGUCAAUUACCUAAAUCAGUGUCACUCAAAAAAUCAUCUAAUCAAUUUGUUACCAAUUUUGUCUCCACAGCUGAAGUCUCCAAUCAGUUGGAAACCUUCUGGAAGCUGGAAGAAGUCUCUUCAGUUAUUCCUGUCUCUCCUGAGUGUGCUAGGGUUGAAGCACACUACAAAGAAAAUACCAUCAGGCAUGAAGAUGGUCGUUUCCAAGUGUCCUUACCUCGCAAGGAUUCAUUUGCCACCCUUGGUCAUUCAAGGACUCAAGCUAUGAAACGUUUCCAUUCAUUGGAAAAAAGAUUUCUUAAAGAACCUGAGCUCAAACCUCAAUAUGUUGAAUUUAUGCAGGAAUAUGAAGAUUUAGGUCACAUGCACCCUGUACCGCCACCAGCCCCUGAGGAACAAGUCUAUUAUAUUCCACAUCACGCUGUCUUCAAGCCCGACUCCACUACAACCAAAACAAGAGUUGUGUUUGAUGCUAGCGCCAAAACAUCAACCGGAAUUUCUCUCAAUGAUGUUAUCUUCAAGGGUCCUGUUGUUCAGUCAGACCUUUUUGACAUUGUCCUACGAUUUCGUAUGCGACCAUUUGCUUUCAUCGCGGACAUAACUAAAAUGUACCGCCAAAUUCUUUUAGAUCCUUCUGAUCGUAAUUUGCAUCGUAUUUUUUGGAGAGAUGAUACUUCAAAACCUCUUCAAGAAUACCAAUUGGCCACAGUUACUUAUGGGACAGCUUGUGCAUCUUAUCUCAGCACUAGAACCUUGAAUUUACUUGCUGAACUUGAAUCAACACCUGAUUCUCCAUUGUAUCAUUCAAUUCAUCAAGAAUUUUAUGUUGAUGACCUAAUCUCUGGUGCAUCUACAUUGGAACAAGCCAUGGAAUUGUCACAUCAAUUGCUCACCACUUUGAAUAAAGGAUGUUUUGAAUUAAGGAAGUGGAUGUCCAAUUCCCCUGAGUUACUGAAUUCACUACCAUCCAAUUUGCUAGAAACUUCCAUUGUUAAACCAAUUUCAGAUCCUGAUAAUGGAAUAACCAAAGCUCUAGGUUUACUGUGGAAUUCCAAUUCUGAUAGUCUAUCCAUCUGUUCUAACAUUGAUAAAAUUUCUGAAAAGACUUCAUUCACAAAGCGUGAGUUUCUGUCAGUUAUUGCUUCAACUUUUGAUCCACUUGGAAUCAUUAGUCCCAUCAUAAUCCUUCCAAAAAUCUUAUUUCAAAAUUUAUGGCUUGCAAAAAUUGAUUGGGAUGAUAGUCUGCCCAAUGACAUGCUACUGAAGUGGUUGCAGAUCAUACAAGAACUAUCCAAAAUUUCAAGCAUUUCAAUACCACGUUGUGUAGUAUCAAAGGAUCAAUGUUCCAUAGUUGAACUUCAUGGUUUUUCUGAUUCUAGCGCUACUGCUUAUGGAGCUUGUGUGUAUGUACGCACCAUCCAAAAUAAUGUUGUUCAAACUCAUCUUCUUUGUGGAAAAUCACGUGUUGCACCUCUCAAGCCUGUCUCCAUUCCAAAUUUGGAACUUUGUGGUGCCUUAGUAUUAUCACGACUCAUUAACAAAGUUGUAAGUGCUUUGAAUUCUCUUGAUUUGACUAUUUCAGGUGUUUUUCUCUGGUCAGAUUCUCAAAUUGUCUGCAAGUGGUUGCAGUCUCCUCCUGACAGAAAGUCAAUUUUUGUUUCAUUGAGAGUAGGUGAAAUCCAAGAAUCUACCUCACAGUAUGUCUGGAACUAUGUGAAAUCAUCUCACAAUCCAGCUGAUUUAAUUUCUCGUGGCAUGAUUCCUAGUGAAUUAGCAAACAACAAACUCUGGUGGCAUGGUCCCCCAUGGUUGGCUGAUCCAACUGAUAGUUGGAGGUCAUUCUCUUCUCAUGUAGCUAUUCUAGCUCCCAAUACAGUUCUUGUAAAUACUGCAGUUGUUUCACCUUUAUCCAUUAUUUCUGAACGUGUUUCCAAUAGUUUUAAAAUUAUUCGUGUCACUGCUUAUGUUCUGCGUUUUUUACAUAACAUUCGUCAGAAAGUUGCUGAUCGCCGUACUGACGCCCUUUCAGUUGAUGAAAUUGAAGAUGCUGAAAUUCAUCUAUUGAAGGCCAUUCAAGCUGAAGCAUUCCACAAGGAGUUGGAAAUUUUACGUGCAAAUGAUGAGUUGAAUGCCUCCAGUAAGUUUCAUUCUUUGUCUUUGUUCAUUCACUCUGAUGGCCUCAUAAGAGUAGGAGGACGUUUAGCUAAUGCUAAUAUUGAUUUUGAUUUCAAGCAUCAGAUAUUGCUUCCUGCCAAUCACAAAUUCACCAAGGCACUGAUUUUUUAUCAUCAUAACAAAUUGUGUCAUGCUGGUGUGCAAGCAACCAUGGCUGCAAUCAGACAACGGUUCUGGAUACCAUCAACAAGGCGUACUGUUAAGAAUGUUCUGCGAAAGUGUAUCAAGUGUUUUCGUUUCACUCAUACUCAAGCUGCACAAUUGAUGGGUCAAUUGCCCUCUGUGCGUGUAAAUAUUGAUUUUCCAUUCAUGAAUGUUGGUCUAGACUAUGCUGGACCUUUUAGUCUCCGUAUUGGUGGUCCAAAGUCACGGACAUUUGGUAAAGCCUAUUUUGCAUUUUUCAUUUGCAUGAUAACUCGUGCUGUACAUAUAGAAGUAGUAUCAGAGCUGUCCACUUCAGUCUUUCUGGCUGCUCUCACCCGUUUCAUCUCAAGACGAGGUAUUCCAAGGAAUAUAUAUUCAGACAAUGCUACCACUUUUGUGGGUGCAAAUAAUGAUCUCAAAGAGUUAGGUGACUUCCUCAACUUGCCUAGCAAUCAACAAAUACUUCAAAAUUCAGCUGCAUCUUUGCACAUUCAAUGGAAUUUCAUUCCCCCAAGAGCUCCUCAUCAUGGUGGUCUGUGGGAGAGAGGAAUAAGAAAUUUCAAGAGUAUAUAUAAAAUUAUUGCUUUCAAACAUAUUUGGAAUUUUGAAGAAAUGUGUACUCUUUCUGCACAAGUUGAAGCUAUUUUGAAUUCUUCACCUAUUGUUCCAUUGUCUGAGGACCCUCUUGAUCUUCAAUUUUUGUCACCUGGGCAUUUUCUCAUUGCGCGCCCACUCAAUGCUUUGCCUUCUCAUAAGCAGAAAUUCAAACAUGUGAAUUUUCUUGCACGUUGGAAUAGACUUGCUGAAGUCACAAAGGAAUUUUGGCAACAAUGGUCUGAAGAAUAUUUAGUUACUCUUCAGAAAAGACAUAAAUGGUCUUCUUCAUCACCCAAUCUUCAAGUUGGCACUCUUGUGCUAUUGAAGGAUCCUGGGACACCACCAACACUCUGGAAGCUUGGACGUAUUACAGAGGUUUUCCCUGGCUCCGAUGACAAGGUUAGAGUCAUCCAGGUUCUAACUGACUCUGGUGUUUUCAAACGUUCUAUUGCUAGUGUUGCACCUUUGCCAUUAGAUGAUAGCGAAUGAUGCAAAUCUCUUUAACAUAUUUUUUCUUUCUUCUUUGUUUUACAAUUCUUAUAAUUGCAAAACGGG